AACGUGCGGAUCCUCAAUCCGUACACAGACAUCGGGAGAUGGAUCACGGUAACGAGUUCAAAAACUCAACCAUGGUUAAACACAUAUAGCAACUCAGUCCCCCUUUUCCUCCGGUUGCCGGAGCUCCUCCCUCUCCUCCGUCCUGAUCUUCCGAUCACCACCGUCUUCCUACCGUUUUCCGGUAAGCAAUCGCACAACUAGCAUUGCAGGUUUAUAUAUGAUUGAUCUCUGGUUCACUUUCAAAAUUCCGAAUUCGAAUUCGAUUUCUGCUUACUUCCGUUGAGCUAUGGGACUCUUCGAUGGAUUACCUGUUCCUAAAGAUAAAGAGUAUUUGAGAGAUGAUUUAGAGAAUGUAGAUGAGAGCUGGACUGUGGCGCGGUUUGAUUCGUUGCCUCAUGUUGUCCAUAUCUUGACUUCAAAAGAUCGGGAUGGUGAAAUUCAAGCGUUGAAAGACCAAAGCGAUAUUGUUGAGGAAGUUGUGGAUGAGGUUGUUCAAACUUAUCAUGGUGGAUUCAACAGAGCGAUUCAAAAUUAUUCGCAGAUAUUGCGGUUGUUUAGUGAGUCCACUCAAAGCGUAGGGAAACUUAAAGUUGAUUUAGGUAACGCGAAGAAAGUGAUUAGUGCGCGUAACAAACAGUUGCAUCAGCUUUGGUAUCGGUCCAUGACACUGAGGCAUGUAAUUUCAUUGUUGGACCAAAUUGAGAACAUAGCUCAGGUUCCGGCCCGUAUUAACAAGCUUAUCGAUGAAAAUCAGUUGUACGCAGCAGUUCAAGUACAUGUUCAAUCAGCUAGAAUGCUUGAAAGAGAGGGACUUCAGUCGGUUGGUGCUCUUCAAGAUGUCCGAUCUGAGCUGGCAAAAUUGCGAGGAGUUCUCUUUCACAAAGUAUUGGAAGCUUUACAUGCACAUCUUUAUAAUACUGGUGAAUAUAGCUCAGCUACUCCUAGUAUGAAUGAGAAGGAUGAUGCCAUUCCAACCACAACGAUUGCUGCAUUUUCGAUGAAUAAUUCCCAGUCUCUCUCCCGGAGAACCAGAUUGCAGAAAGGUGAUAGUCAUGUUGGCGCAUCUGGAUUUGCUAGUUCUGUUGAUGGAGGUUCAUCAUAUGAUGGCCAUGAUGAUGACGACAUUCAUGAUGCUGCUGACAAUACUGGAAAAGAUGGAAAGAAUAUUCCUCGUCUUCCAACAUGGCUAUCUGAAUCUACUCCUGAUGAAUUUGUCGAAACAAUGAGAAAAAGUGAAUCUCCACUUCAUGUUAAGUAUUUACAAACUAUGGUUGAGUGCCUUUGCAUGCUUGACAAAGUUGCAGCUGCCGGUGCUAUAAUCUGCCAAAGAUUGAGACCAACAGUUCAUGAAAUCAUCACAUCAAAGAUAAAAUCUCAGGCAGAAUAUGUAAAUUCUUCUAGGCCCGGUUUGGGCCAUUCUGCUCGAACUUCUACAACCGAUCUUCAAUACGUAAAAGGACAGUUACAAAAAGAAAAACAUAAAAAUGGGACAUCAUUAGCUGGAUCACUAAUGACAGUCAGCCCCGUGACACCUGUCAUGGCCCCCAUGGGUGCAGCACAGACAGCAGCAAAGGAACUUAUUGAUUCUGUUCUAGAUACUAUUGCUCGAAUAUUUGAUAACCAUGUCGUUGUCGGGGAGCUUAUCGAGUCAAAAUCUUAUCAACAAUCACACAUGAACGCAACAAAGUCGUUGCGCGAGAUAUCUGUGAGCCCUGAUUCCGAAGCAUCUCAGGCCACAGGAGGCUACACUAUCGGAUUUUCCAUGACGGUUUUGCAGAGUGAAUGCCAACAACUAAUAUGUGAGAUUCUAAGAGCAACUCCUGAAGCUGCAUCUGCGGAUGCUGCUGUUCAAACUGCUAGACUUGCAAGCAAGACUCCUUCAAAAGAAAAGUCAGAAGAUGGCCUUACAUUUGCCUUUCGUUUCACUGAUGCUACAGUGUCCAGCCAGGGUGCUGAUUUGAUUCGUCAAGGACGGAAUAGAAAAGGUCAAAAUGUUCAAGAAGGUUACGGUUCAGCUUCCGUCCUACCAGAGCAGGGCAUAUAUCUAGCAGCAUCUGUAUACCGACCCGUUGUACAGUUUACAGAUAAACUCGCAUUAAUGCUGCCUCAAAAGUAUUCUCAACUAGGGAACGAUGGAUUGCUGGCCUUUCUUGAAAACUUUGUAAAAGAUCACUUCUUGCCAACUAUGUUUGUGGAUUACAGGAAAGGCGUGCAGCAAGCAAUAUCAAGUCCAGCUGCAUUUCGACCACGAGCAAAUCCUGUUACUGCUUACACGCCAUCUGUUUCUAAGGGACGGCCUGUCUUACAAGGGCUUCUGACCAUAGAUUUUCUGGCUAAAGAGGUUCUUGGGUGGGCCCAAGCAAUGCCUAAAUUUGCUGGUGACCUUGUGAUGCAUGUGCAAACUUUCCUCGAACGAACAUAUGAAAGAUGCCGAGCAUCAUACACCGAGGCAGUUCUUGAGAAGCAAAGUUAUAUGUUAAUCGGAAGACAUGAUGUUGAUAAUCUGAUGAGACGUGAUCCAGCAAGUGCUUUUUUGCCAACUUCACUUGCUCAUGCAAACGCAGAUAGCAAUACUGCGGAUGCUGAAAAUGAUGGUGUCGAGCUGGAAAUUAGUGGAUUAUUGAUGAAACUAAGACCAAUCAAACAGGAGUCGUUGAUUCGUGAUAACAGCAAACUUAUAUUGUUGGCAUCCCUUAGUGAUUCACUGGAGUACAUUGCUGACUCUAUAGAAAGGUUUGGGAAUACAUCAGCAAAGGCAUCUGAUCAACCAGAAUACGAUGUUAAGCCGACACCUGUCCGUCACAAACGAAGUGGUAGUGUAGCUCCUAAGGAUCUAAAAUCAUUUGCUGAGGAGUACAGAAAGCUGGCUAUUGAUUGCCUAAAAGUUUUACGUGUAGAAAUGCAAUUAGAAACCGUUUUCAAUAUGCAGGUAAUGGCUACACGAGAAUACUUGGAAGACCAAGAUGCUGAGGAACCCGAUGAUUAUAUUGUAUCUUUAAUCACACAGAUAACUCGUAGAGACGAAAUAAUCGCUCCUUUCAUUGCUCCAGCCAAAAGGAACUAUGUAUUCGGCGGUAUCAGUGCUGUUGCAUCACAUGCAUCCAUCAAGGCUUUAGCAGAGAUGAAACACAUCAACCUCUUUGGAGUUCAGCAGAUAUGUAGGAAUACAAUUGCAUUAGAACAGGCACUGUCUGCCAUACCCUCGAUUGAUAGUGACAUUGUUCGAACGAGGUUAGAUCACGUCCGAACUUAUUAUGAGCUGCUAAACAUGCCAGUUGAGGCCUUACUUGCCUUCAUUGCCGAGCACGACAGUUUAUUCACUGCCAUUCAGUACUACAAUCUUCUUAAGGUUCAAGUCCCUGGAAGGGAAGUUCCAGAAGAUGCCAAAGCUAGAAUGGCUGAUAUACUACCUAUAUAAGCAUUUUGGAAUAAAAACGGUCGGCAUUUUUAUUUGUUUAGAUGUUAUAUAGUAUUGUCAUUUGUAAUCAUUUUAGUUUUCCAGUGGUUUUAGUUUUGAACAGU